AUGAUGUAUCCCAUUGAUGAGGAUUGGUCGCAGAUCUUCAACCUUACAGCUGAUUCGGGGUGGAGCACUGGCUGCGAAUGGAGAACUGCCAUCGUUGUUGAGAACAAGGCUCGGUUGGGAGGCCAUACUGAAACCUAUACCGACCCGCAAUCCGGCUACCCUAUUGAUAUGGGAGUGAAGCUCUACCAUGAAGAAUCUAUCGUCUACGAAUGGUUUACCCGCUUCAAUCCCACGAUAGAGAUUAAUGUCAGCGUUACUGGCGGCGCGGCGGCUCAAAAUGUCGACUUUCGGACUGGACAGAUCUUGGACGGCCUCCCGGCUGCCAACCAAACAUUUGUGCAAAAAUACGACACUGCCGACGCCGUGCAAUUCAUUUUUGGGAUCUCGCCCGCUUUUGACGACAUCCUCGAGCUUCCUACGCUGCAUCGAUUCCGCCCUCUUUCUCUCGGACUUCUCGCAAUUACCAACAACUUCCAAACUAGCUCGGCUACUGCUGAGCUCCUCACGGCAAAUUCGCUCCUUCUCUCCAAGGUGCUCGCAACAGAGCGUGUCAGCGAUUCCGGCUCCGUUAAGGUCCUCGUCGAUACACCCAAAGGCCGCAACCUCAUCAUCGCUAAGAAGCUUUUCAUGACCGUACCUCCUACGCCUGCUGCUCUCACCGAAGCCGUUGGAUACUACACCUCUGUCAUCCGCAAUGCGGGUCCCGUCAACAUUACCCUGCAGAAUCUCGCCCCCGACCAGCCCUACGCUUUACCUCCUGUGCCCGCCACCAACAACGUCAAUCCUACAUUUGUGAACCCGUCUCUCAGCCUUGUCUACUGCGGUACCAAAGUAGGUCAAAUCCUUAAUGACGAUCAGGCCAAAGCCGCCAUCAUUGCAGAUCUGAAGCGCUACCAGGCUGCCAACGGCAUGGAGCCCACUGAAUCCGAAUUCGUGGCUUUCAGCAACAAUAGCCCGUACAACAUGUUAGUUGGCUCUGAGGCGACGAAGGCGGGAUGCUACAAGUAUCUGUAUGCGUUGCAGGGAAAGCGGAACACGUUUUGGAGCGGUGCAAUGUGGAGGGCGCAUGAUAGCUCGGGUAGCUGGGCGUUUACGAACAACAGCGUUUUGCCGGCGCUUGUAGCGAGUUUGUAG